GGGCGGGACUUCCGGCGGUGAGCUCGGUCCGGUUACGCCUUGGCCCGAGUCGUCCUCAGCCGCACGUGUCCGCUGCAGCUUUCGCGAUGCUUCCUCUGCUGCGCUGCGUGCCCCGAGCCUUGGGCUCCGCCGUCGCCGGCCUCCGCGCCGCCGCGCCCUUCCCGCCGCUCAGGCCGCUGCUGCAGCCCGCGCCCCGGCCGUGCGCCCGGCCCUUUGGGUUCCUCAGCGUGCGCUCGGGAUCUGCGCGACUGCCCAGCCUCCUGCGGCCUCGCAGACCCUGCUCCUGCGGCUGCGGCGCGCUGCACACGGAAGGAGACAAAGCUUUUGUUGAAUUCCUGAGUGAUGAAAUUAAGGAGGAAAAGAAGAUACAGAAGCAUAAGUCUCUCCCCAAGAUGUCUGGAGGUUGGGAGCUGGAAGUGAAUGGGACAGAAGCCAAAUUAGUGCGGAAUGUUGCUGGAGAAAAGAUCACUGUCACUUUCAACAUUAACAAUAGUAUCCCACCCACAUAUGAUGGGGAGGAACAGCCAUCCCAAGGGCAGAAGGUUGAAGAACAGGAGCCUGAAUUGACAUCCACUCCCAAUUUCGUGGUUGAAGUAAUAAAGAGUGGUGGCAAGAAGACCCUUGUGCUCGACUGUCACUACCCAGAAGAUGAGGUUGGGCAAGAAGAAGAGGAUGAGAGUGACAUUUUCUCCAUCAGGGAAGUGAGCUUUCAGUCCACUGGCGAGUCGGAAUGGAAGGACACAAAUUAUACACUCAACACAGAUUCCCUGGACUGGGCCUUAUACGACCACUUAAUGGAUUUUCUUGCGGACCGAGGGGUGGACAACACUUUUGCUGAUGAGCUGGUGGAGCUCAGCACGGCCCUGGAGCACCAGGAGUACAUUACUUUUCUUGAAGACCUCAGAGGCUUUGUCAAGAGCCAGUAGAACAGACAGGACACUGAACACCUUCACUUUAUGGCAGGCUUUGGCCAGUGAACAAAACCUACUCUGAAGCCAGACAUGUGCAUUGAAAUGGUUUUCCUCCUAAUCAUGGAAAAUAAUUCAAAUUUAAAUUAUUUCUGUUGCCCUCUUAUUUACUAUUCAUUUAUUUCUUCCCUACAAAUCUAUUAUUUCUAGUUUUUUGUAUAUCAUAAUGAUGGACAAUAAAAUUGGUUUGUCUCCUCUCA